UUUUUUUUUUUUCUCGAAGAGAAGAGAAGAGAGGAACAAAAAAACAAGAAUGGGUUCAUUGAGUGGUGGAAAUGGAAGUAUAUGGGGAAUGGGAUUUUUCCAUUCUCAAGAAUGGAAUUCUGGAAGAAGAAGAAGGAGAAGUAAUGGUGGAAAAUCGUCAAAUUCGGAUUCAGUGGAUGCAAAUGGUGGAGCUGGUUAUCGUUUUCCUCUGAAGCAAGCUAUGACGGCUAGCUCUCUUGCACUUAGUGGUGACACCAUUGCUCAGCUUCGUGACCGGUGGCUCAAGAACAAAGAUAAUCUUCCUGAUCCAUCUCAUCCUAAGGAUAUGAUUGGUGCACUCCUAUCUGAGCAUGACUGGCUUCGGUCAGUCCGGAUGGCUUCAUAUGGAUUUUUGUUAUAUGGUCCCGGUACUUAUGCAUGGUACUCAUAUCUUGACAGAUGUAUGCCCAAGCAAAGCGUGGAGAAUGUAAUGAUGAAGGUUUUAUUAAACCAAAUAGUGCUAGGUCCUUCUGUAAUAGCUGUUAUCUUUGCAUGGAAUAAUUUAUGGCUGGGAAAACUUUCAGAACUUCCAAACAAGUAUCAGAAAGAUGCCCUUCCAACUUUAUUGUUCGGAUUUAGGUUCUGGAUCCCUGUCAGCAUUUUGAACUUUUGGGCCAUUCCUCUUCAAGCUCGUGUUGCAUUCAUGUCUAUGGCCUCUAUAUUCUGGAAUUUCUGUUUGUCAGCAACUAUGAGCAAGUAACUACCGUCCAAAGGAUUAGCUGGGAAGAGCAGGAUCCCGCAACUGAUAUAACCGCCUAUCAAGACAGAGAAAAUGAUGUCUGGAGGCAACAGUUGAAACCAUUCUGAUUUUCCAAAAGUGGCUUGCACCAGGUUCUACAGUGCCUCAGCUCGCACUAACUACAUAUGAUUUGUUUAGAAUAUAGUUUCCUUUAGUUUCCUAGUGCUAUAACGAAAGACAUAUGUUUGGCUUGUUCGACCAAUUCUUCCGUUGAUUUGCUUUCUUUUGUCUGGUUUUUGGCAUUCUUUUCCCUGUCUACACAAUUUAUAAACAAGUGCUGCUACAUUAUAUAUACGAAAUCAUCAUGUUAAAA